AUGGUUGCACGAGGCAAAUCCAAAGCAAGAGUUUGCACGUACUAUUCGUUACUCCUGGUUUGGGUAGUAUGUGCAAUUGGUUGGUAUCGCUACUACUACGGAUCAGCUGCAUCGGCAAAGAUACCGCAUUCGAUCUAUGACACCAACGAUCCCGAAUUUGAACUCUCAAAAGUGCUUAAUCUAGCGGUGGAUGGUAAUGAGUUUACAAACAACCUGAUGUAUUUACGCUUAAAAGAAGCGUACAACUCGAGCGAAGAAGUUGGUCUUCGCUACUCGUCGAUUUAUGACGACAUUUUCCAAAAUCACGAGUUUGAAUCUGUAAUUGGUAACCUUGACUUUCGACAACGAUGCAAUUUGUUUUUUAGAAAUGUCUUCAUCAAGAACCACAAUUGGGUAUUUAACCCCAAUCAGAAUUUCGAAGUUGGACUUGGAAAGGAGUUUGAGCGUUACCAGUCCAAUAACGCGGCCAAGUUGCAAGCGGCGUUUGACAAGGCCAAUGAGGGUAGGAGUGUUGAAGAUUACAAAGGGAAAUUCUCCGAGUUUAAAAAACAGGCGUUUCAAGAGUUGAAGCAAGCGGAGGUGGAACAGCGGGUUGUUAACGAAUUGGCGGUUUUCCGGCUAUACAACAAGUGCUAUGUCACCGACAAUGAUCCACUCCAAAAUAGGAAAACAGAUGCUUUCAUUUCAGAGCAGAAACUUUUGAUCAAUGAUGACGCGGAAUUGAAGAGCAAAGUUGUCCCCUUUGAGCAAACGAAAAAGGAGCAAUUGGUCACCAAUGGCAAUACUUUACCAAACUUGGACCACAGAAUCUAUCCUUGGUUGUCAUUUGAUCUCCCUGUCUACGAAAGAUGGACUGGUCAGAUCUACCGCGACAUUCCCGAUUUCAGUCAAAUUCUCAAGGAUAAAUCGCAACCACCUAAAAGUGGUUCAUCCAAGUCUGCACAAUCAACGGCUUUUUUCAAAAGGUUCAAGAGCCAGUGCAAUGGGAAGGGGAUCGUGUUGUCGUUUGCAAACCAACACACUGAUACCGCGGUAAACUUGAUUCGCCUCUUGCGUGCGUUGAAAAACACACUCCCCAUUCAAAUUGUCUAUUUCGACAAUCUCAACGAUGACUCCAAGAGGAAAAUUGUCACAGCAGCUAGAGAAAAUUUCUCGUAUCUCCCUCAAUCGUUUGAUAAAAUAUCGCAGUACUUGCCCAAGGACUACCUUGAUCCAACAUCAAAGGGCUUGCCCAAGCAAGAAGUCUGGUUUGUCAAUACAGCCACUUCAAUCAAUCCAAACUUUAAGGACAAGUUUGGCGGGUAUGCUAAUAAGCUAUUGGCGACGUUGUUUAACUCUUUCAACGAGUUUAUGUUGGUUGACGCUGACACUGCGCUUUUGCAUAGUCCCGAGUCCUUUUUCCAGUUGCAAGGGUACAAAGAAACAGGCACUUUUUUCUUCAAAGAUCGGUCCAUCUUGCAACGACGAAACGAGAACGACAGCAGAAUGUUCAAACGGAUAUCGCAGUCUGCUGUGGAUAAAAUCAUGUUUGACAUUGAUCCAAUGACAAAUCGUACUUUUAACGGAAACUUUUUCCAAGACUUGUACCACCAGAUGGAGUCUGGGGUUGUUUUAUUCAAUAGACAACAGCAUUUCAACUCCAUCCUCAUGGUUGUUCAUAUCAACUUCCUAAGCAUAAUACGAAAGAAAUCGUGGGGAGAUAAAGAAUUGUAUUGGUUAGGAUUCGCAUUCAAUGGCGACGAAAAUUACCAUUUCAACUCGCACGGGGCGGCCGCUAUAGGUGAAGUUACUAAUCCGAGCGAUCGGAAAAGACCCGAUGGCACACAUCAUCGCUCGCAAGAGUUGUGUUCACCACACCCGGGCCACAUCAGCGAAGAAGAUAACCACACGUUGCUUUGGAUCAAUUCUGGUUUCCGGUACUGCCAUCAAGCAGAUAUAAUUAAUUACGAUGUCGAGAGUAAACUUGGCCGUAAACUCAAGUUCCUCGAUAGCACCGCGGCUGCAUUCAAGGAAUACUACCAUAGUCCAUUGCGAAUCAAACAUGCCGUCGUGCCUCCACGAGGGGAACGGUUGCAGAAUAUGGAGAAUAAAAACGACGAGCCUUCACUUGGGUGGGCAGUUGAACGCGAGUAUUGCAAGGAGUACAUGUGGUGUGCUUACCUGAGCAUUGGCGGCAUCACCGAUAUAGACACUGGUGCAGAGAACACGAUGGAGGGGUUGUUGAUUACUUAUACCGAGAAAGAGCAGGCAUUUUUCGACUAUUAUGGCGACAUCUGGAUCGGCGUUGAAUAG